AUGACAAAAGGGCUGGAAAAUGAACCACAAUUAGCAGCAAUACAUUAUUGUACUAAAAUUGAUCCGGAAUCAUUGGAAAGUGGAACUAUUUUACGUAAUAUUGCUUGGCAACUUGUCAAUCGUUUCCCGAAUUUGGUCAUCCCGAAACUUGCAUCAGUUACAUUCUUAGCACAUCAG